GUGUUUUUGUUGUUGUUUUACGUUAGUUUUUCCUUGUUUUUUAUAUUUUUGUGGCAAAUUUUCGGUGCGUUUUUUUCUGUGUUGUGCGAUGCGGUAUGUAUGGUGCAAAGGGAUGAAAAGUUGCAGGAGAAAGGGAUAAGAUUGCAGAAGCCACCUAUGAGAGAAUAGCAGAACGAUUACCUGAACGAAACUGCAACCCCAAUCGAAGAUGCUGCACCAUUCAGCAUGGCCUCACCGGCUGUCGCCUUCGGUCACCCAAAUCCUGACCAGCACGAUGACGCACGCCCAGAGCGAAGAGUCCGGAAUUGAACCUGGACAUAUAGCGACCAUAACCGGAUCUUUCGUGUCGUUUCCGGGCACUCAUCAGGAGCAUUAUGACACCGAUCAUACGGAUCUUGCCAGCGAGCCGGACGAGACAGAGAUUCGGAGGGAACUAUUAAGAGAUCAAUGGAGACAAUUUUUCGACAAGUUUGAUCCAGAGGGAUUUGGUGAGAUACCAUGGCCGGAUUUCGUGAAGGCAAUGGACCAAUCGGAUUUUCGGGAGCGAGUGAACACGGGAAAACGGGAAAUCCUUAUGGAGAAGGCGAGGAACGCGAAAACACCAGCAAUAACCUUUCAGGACUUCGUUAAUGUGAUGACUGGAAAACGAUCAAGAAGCUUUAAAUGCGCGGUGCACCACAGAGAUAGAGAGGUCUCGUCUGAAAACGAUUUUCACUUGUUGCUAGUCGAACCACCAUUAUUUCGCAGGAUGGUUACAAUAGUCGCCGAUGAGUUUUUAACCGAUGCCAGGGACAGAAAGUAUUAUGCAGACCACUACACGUGUUGUCCGCCGCCUCUGUUCAUCAUCAUCAUCACUUUGGUUGAGCUGGGCUUCUUCGCUUAUUAUUCGGUGAGCACCGGCGAACUGAAUCCCGCUGGACCAGUGCCGAUCGAUUCGAUCUUCAUCUACAGGCCGGACAAACGGACAGAGAUAUGGCGAUUCCUGCUUUACAUGAUGCUGCACGCGGGUUGGCUGCAUCUGGGCUUCAACCUGGUGGUACAGUUAUUGGUCGGUCUGCCCCUGGAGAUGGUGCACGGAUCCGGACGCGUGGCCCUCAUCUACAUGGCUGGCGUGGUGGCCGGAUCGCUGGGCACGUCCGUAUUCGAUACGGAUGUUUAUCUUGUCGGUGCGUCAGGGGGUGUUUACGCCCUCCUCGCGGCGCAUCUUGCCAACGUCCUGCUUAAUUACAACAACAUGCAGUGCGGAAUACUCCGAUUGUUUGGUAUCUUUGCCAUUGCAUCUUGCGAUGUGGGGUACGCCAUAUACUCCAGGUACGCGGCUGAAACGAUGGGACCGCCGGUUUCGUACGUGGCCCAUUUGACUGGAGCCUUGGCGGGUUUGACGAUAGGCUUGCUGGUGCUGAAGAAUUUCGAGCAGAAGCUCCACGAACAGCUGCUAUGGUGGAUUGCGUUGGGGGUGUAUGCAGCCUGUACGAUUUUCGCUGUACUCUUCAAUAUUAUGAACCCGACGGUUGAUAAUAUCGAGAAUUUAGGAGACGGCGUCAACAGUCAAUAUGUGUACAAGAGGUUCGGGGUUUAACCUCGAUGUUUGUCCAUGUGAAUGUAAAUAAUUGUAAUUUUUUGUACUUUUUUAAAGGCCUUAGGGAACCGGGUUUUCCUUAAGCAGGUCUAGUUGGAAGGGUUUCCAAAAAAAAAUUAUGUAAAACUUAAAUAUUACUUUUAAUAUUUAGGUCAGUUAGUCAUAUAUUGUAUAUAAUUUUUUGUAUAUAUAAUUCAUAUUUAUUUAAUAUUUAUACCAAAGACUGAAAUGAAUAAAUUUUCUAAUUUAUUUAUAUUUAGUUUUAGGAAAUUAUUGUCAAUGCAUUUAGAGCGGUUAAACCGCUAAUUCCUAUUAUUUUGCCUCGAAAACGCUGUAAAAAAAAUCAUUUUACAUUGCCAAUAGCCGAUGAUUCCAUAAUUGUUGACAAUAAUUUCAUUUAUAAUUUAUUUCUUAUGUAAAUGUAACCCAGCUUGCAUACAUCAUAAAAAUCAUGAAUUUCAUAAUUGCUUAUGAAACCUUGCAAGCUUCGUUAUUUUUCUGAGUGAUAUUAUUACACUAGUCAAGAAUAAUAUUUAUAAAAAAGUCUACCAAAGAAAAGUGCUAGUUGACUAUAUAAUAUUUACAAAAGAAAAUCCACAACGCCUUAUUAUGGUAGAGAAUAUUUCACUUGUAUCACAAAGAAAUUGUAUUUUUUUACACUCAGGUCACACUGAUAUUUGUAAAAUAGAACUGAUUUGUACUACUUCUUACCAUUAUUCCAUUUUUUGUUGAUGUUUGUAAAAUCAUACUGUUAUACAACUGCCUCAAAAUAAAAAAUUAAAUAAAACCUUAA